CGUUUGAACAUGUGUUUUGUUUUGAUUAUCUUUUACUUAUCAAUCAUUGUGCCAUCAAAUUUACGUUAUUUUCAGUUUUCGCCGCAUUUUCAAUCGAAUUUCGUUUAAUUAUUAAGGAAUAAGUAUGGCUACAGAAGAUAUUUUCAUUGUGGGAGUAAUGAAAUUCAUAGAUCCAGUUACGAAUGUUACAACAGAAAAAAUUGGCUCUAAAAUCAAUCUGUCUGAAGUUAUUAGGCUUAUGAAGUUCCCUCAACGCUUACUCAAGCCAAAAGUGACACCUAGACAGCGAUCUGUCGCGCCGAAGUCGUCAACGAAAGCCAUUUUAGUUAACGAUCUUGAUUAUAGAGGAGUAGCAAGUCAAGCAAGUGACAACUCGAUUGUACAAAAUCACCGUCAGCUUAGUCAGCUAGAAGCUUUACAAGCAAGAGCCAUUGCUCAGACUCAAAGUCAGAAUCCUCGUCCGGUUUUUGUUUCUUCGACCAGCCCAAAUGUUUCCAGCCAAGAAGCUGUGAUGUUAAAAGAAGCACUAACCAGGUCUUUGAAAGAAUCUGGCCCUUGUGAUAAAACCGCUAUUACUCCUGUAGACAGUGUAGAGGUGUUAGAUUUCAAUGGCAUGACUGAAAGUGAACAAAUGGCGUUAGCUUUAAAACUGAGUUUACAGAAGUAGUCGCCUCUGACGAAGGAAAAUUCUAAGCUGUGAAAACUCAUUUUAUUUUUCUGGCGGAAUCGAUCUCGUAGAUCAGUAGGUGAAGAUUAUAGAAUAAAAGAUAUGUUCCUAUUUAGUAAGUUUAUCGUUUUCGUAAUCCUAUACUUCCUAGUAAGUCGUAUAGUUGUUUUUUACUUUUAUACUUCUUCUGUGAUUACCUAAUUAUAAUCGUUGUGAUUUGAUGUAUUCUAUAUGAUUGUAAUCAAAUUAUGUUAGUGGAAUUUCGUUGAUUGUUUUUUGCCUGUGUUUUUGUCAGUACCUUUUCUUAUGCCCUAUAUCGUAUGUAUUUAUAUACUUCUUAAUUAAGAAUGUACUUCUUUUUCGUUGUUUUGUUUCGCGCAAGUUGGAUUGAUUUUUUUCAUUUAUUUUAACUUAAUGCACCCGAGAAUACAAUCUCGAUUAUUAAAAUUUACAAUGAAUAGAUAGGUACUUUUGAAGAUCAAAAUCGAUCAAAAUUUAUCCCAGUACAUGCAUUAUUAGCUAUAGUUACUGCAGGCUUGCGUUGAAUUUUUUUCAUUGAGGCAUUACUUACUUUAAUGUUUGGUGUGUGAAUGUUUAUGUUUAUCAAAUAUUAAUUAUUCCUGUUCAGAUAACGUUUAAUGGAAAAAUUAUUUGUUUAAGUGUUCUUAAAGAUGUAGUUCAACUGGGCGAUGGUGAUGAAUAUGUAAUAAAUUAUGUGAAGAUUCGGCGAAGUUUUAUAUACCUACCAACUCUGAAUAAAUCUCUGUGAUUAACGUUUUUCUGAUUUAUGUGUUCAUGUAGCAAAUAGUGGUAGGUAUUUGGUAUUCCAAGCUAGGGGCCCAAGAUUUAAAAAUUUAAAAACAUUUAAAAAUUUGCUAGUUUCUUGCUUUAGUUUGGAGCAAUAAAUAGUACAUUAAUGGAAACUUUCGCUUACCCUUAUUCAACAAAAAAUAUUGCCUGAGUAAUGGUUUAUAUGUUUACUAAUUUGAUGAAUUAUUGAGUUGGGUAUAAUCCUUAGCUGAAGAUGUACUUCAUCAUUUGCUUUUUUGGGUAGACAACGAUAGAUUUUUCUGAAAUUUUAGCAUUCGUCCAGUUCAAGGAUAACAAUUUUGACUCAAGAUAUACCUAUGUAACUUUGUCUAAGUAUAGUUAGGUAUCUAUCAUACGAUUCAAGUUGUUUACCUCAUUCUGUACUCUCUAUUUUGAAAACAAAUGAAUCCUCGAGCUCGCGAUCAUAUCGCGAAUGAUCUUUCUAUGUUUAAAAAUAGGCACCAGUCCGCAGUACGAGAAACGGUCAACGACGCUGACCUUUUUCAAAGGCUAUCGAUGUAUCGCAAAGUGCACCAACACUUCCGAUUUGCCAUUUCUUGAAUACCUAUCAUUCAAUUCAAAUUCUAAAAUUAUACAAAAUCGUAAAAAAUAUUUGAAAAAUUGCGCAGAAUUUGAUCUCUCAGAGUUAAUGAUACUUGGCGAGCAGACUAAUUAAGCAGAAAAGUUUCCAAAAACACGAGGUAUAAACGGUGCUGGUUUUGAAAAUAUCAUAUCUGUAAAUUUCAAUUACCCUUCAAAUACGAUUUCGUAAUUGGCAAUUUUCAUAUCUCCCUUCAUAUCUUCCAUAAUACUUUCGUAGCGACGAGAUAAUCAGAAAGUAGUGGCAAAAUAAUCCAAUUUCAUCUCAUAAAAGUUUAUUGUGAUUUGUAUAGAUUUACGUACGUGACUUUAUAGUUAUUUGUUUCAUCAUUCGGUGGAAAGAUAACUUCUCUGAAUACCCUGUAUCGAGGUGAACAUAUCAUAAUAGAAAGCUUCUUGAUAAGAUAUCUCGUGAUAGUCAUUCGGAGAGGCACCAUUUAUUCCGAGGUUCAUUUCUCAAAGCAUUCGCGAUUUAACUUCAUAACAGCACAGUACCUUCAUUACUAUAGUCGAAUUGUGUUCACGUUUAGCUCGGUCAACGAAAGGAAGCAGAGGGUUUUUCCGAUUUGAUUUUUUAAUUCAUCAACACGUAUACGAAAUUGUGUUUUUUGUUGCCGCUGGGUCGAAUAAUUUCUAAAAAAAUAUUAACUGCGAGAGUGUAUUCGAUUUCCGCCAAAUUGGAGCCGUCAACGGAUUACGCUGUGUUAGAUACAGGGUGAGAAAGUGAAGAUUUAUUCGUUGGAUUCGCAUCAUCGUCAGCAUGAAGAUUAAGGGAGCUAAUGCUAUUCCGAAAAAAAUCGUAUUUUACGAG